GGACGAGGAAUAAUAUCCCGAAGCGUUGAAAACCCUCUAUGAGUGCGAUGUGCGUGCAUACAUGCAUCUAUAUAUCUUUUUAAGAACCCGUUUCCUUUCUUUCGGACAGAGAGGGCUAUCAGAGAAGGGUGAUACUGUUCACAAAGCGCUGCCAAACGUCAAAGAAACUGCAGGAAAAUAAUACAUCUGUGUGUUGUUCAGCUGCCUCCCUUGACAGCUACUUCAGCUCCUGCUUCUGUGCAACGUUUCCCGGCCAAAUGUAGCUGGGUGAGCGUUUACACGAGUGAGGCUUAAUUCUGCCAUUCGUGGAACAACGAUCCCAGCGUCCUGUAGAACAAAUAACUUCAUUGGAAGGGCUGGUAUACCCGAAUACAAACAGCAGACAGAGAGGAAAGAAAUCUUCACGCACCAGUUCACAGUGAAGUCAGCUACUAUGCUUCACCUACUGUACUUCAGAAAGCUGCACAUCUGCAGAAGUUGUUGCUGCUAUUGAUGUGAACACUCUUGCUAAUGAAGUUUAUAAGCACAACUUUCCCAGCACGCCUUUAUGGGCAAAGACAAUUGAGAAUUGGCCUGCAAGGUGAUAUAUCUGAUCCACGGACAAGAAGCUUUCUCUAUGUACUUGAUAUUCUCCCAAGGCUCCAGAAGCUUCCAAAAUACCUACUUUUAGAAAAUGUUAAAGGGUUUGAAUCCUCUUCUGCAAGAAAUGAACUUUUACGAACACUAGAAACAUGCAAAUUUAAAUAUCAAGAAUUUCUCUUGUCUCCAACCUGUCUUGGCAUUCCCAAUUCUAGGCUGCGAUAUUUUCUAAUUGCAAAGCUUCACCAAGAACCAUUUUCCUUUCAUGCUCCUGGUCAGAUAUUGACAAGGUUCCCGGAUCAGGAUCUAGAAGACAAGGACAAAGUUGCUGACAAAGAGGGUGAAGCUAGUUUUUCCUUAUCUUCUGAAGAGAGGAGUCUGGAUCCAAACAUUGGUUCUGAUUGCAGCAGCAAGAAGAAUUUACCAAAAGGGGCCUUUCUUUUUAAGCUUGAAACAGUAGAAGAAAUGGAAAGGAAACAUGUUCAGGACAAUGAUUCCUCUAUUCAAAUGCUAAAAGAUUUCUUGGAAUUGGAAAAUGAAGAAAUGAGUCAAUAUUUCUUACCACCAAAGUCCUUAUUGCGCUAUGCUUUCUUGUUAGACAUUGUUAAACCCACCUGCCGGCGAUCCACAUGCUUUACAAAAGGGUAUGGACACUAUGUAGAAGGAACAGGCUCAGUUCUGCAGACAGCAGUAGAUGUACAGCUUGAAUCGGUGUUUAAAGGCAUUGAGGAGUUACCAGAAGAAGAGAAGCUUAUGAAAUUGUCAGCACUAAAACUGAGGUACUUUACCCCAAGAGAAAUAGCAAAUCUUCAUGGAUUCCCUCCAGAAUUUGGUUUUCCUGACAAAGUAACAAUAAAGCAAUGCUAUCGUCUUCUGGGAAACAGCCUCAAUGUACAUGUGGUGGCAAAACUGAUUUCCAUUCUACUUGAAUAAUUUAGAACCUGAAUCUGAUGAAUACAGGCUGGUGAUAAAGUACUUCCAGCUUUGAAGAGAAAGCUGAUGGCAACUCAACAAAAAUUGUAGCUUACCAAAAUCUUUGUCCAGACAUUUUGCCGAACAAUUUGGAUAUAAAUACCUUGAUUUUGUGAUGGAUUUGCACUGUAGAGGUGUUUUAUUUAAAUGGAAGUUUCCAGGAAUUUUUAGUUUUCAAAAUGUACCUAUUACUCAAUGAAAAUGGAUAAGACUCUCUUAUCUUCAAACCAUCUUCUCAGUACAGUAUAAAAAGGAUGUAAAUGUCAAAACUGUUUUAAUUAAGUGUGGAGACCAAAUUCUACAUAUAUAAUGUCCUCAUCUGUAAAUAUCAGUAAUCCAUUCUUAAAAGAUUUAUUUUAUAUAUGAUCUGAAAUGUUGAUGUGUUUUUUGUAGUUAAUGGAAAUAUUAAAUUCAGUGUUUUAUGUACAAUUUUUAAGAAGACACAGUGUCAUCCUUAAUUUAUGGUUGUCUACUCCUUUCUAAAUACUUGUAGGCUUCUGGAACCCAACUGUAUCUGUCUGGAAUGAUUUGUUUAGGUGCAGCUGAAUAAAAGUACUGUAAGAUUUCACAACCCUGACAAUAACUUGCCUGGUUUUUAGGGUCUCACGUUAUUCAGGAUAAGAUCAUUGCUCCUUAUCAAAGAUCUGCACAUAAAAGACAAACUUCCGUGUCUCGGUUCCUGUGGCAUGAGAACUGGAGAGAAACUGUAUGGGCUUCUUCUGAAGAUUUGUUUGCAAAACCUGAUAGUACCAGGGUUUAGAGUGUACAUUGGGAUGAAACCACUGCAUAUGGCCAUCCUGAGUGCCACACUCACACACUGUCUCGUAGAGCUGGAUUUGAAUGCUUUUUUAAUCAUCAAACUUUGUGUGUUUACUAAAAACCUUCUCAAGAAGCAUGUGUUUGGUUGUUACAUUUCCUUACAGGUAAUAUUUUGGUAUCUAGAGAAAAAAACAGCUUGAGGGAGAGAAAGGUGAAGUGCUGUUUAGUAAGCAGUCGUUAGGGUGUUGAUGUGUCAUAAAUCAGAGGGAUUUCUCAGAUUGCUAGUGCCUACCAUGCACCAAAGCAGUGGGUUGUCAAUCCACAAAUCCUGAAAAAGACUGGAUGGGGCGGGGGUUGUAUUUUUUAUGGGAUGAGACAGGAACAGUCACGGUGCGUUGCAUCAAGGCUUGGUAAUGCCUAGAUGGAGAAACUGAAGACUGCAGAAAACAGAGCUGCUGUAGAGAUAGUGCAGCUGUUCUCAUCUGCCAUUGUCCUGAAAGAGAAAAUAAGCUUGGUAUUGUUGUUGCCAAAGUCUACCUUAUGCUGACUCCUAUGUAUUUAUGCUUCAGUCUUGAUCUGCGUGCUGCUUCUGGACUGUCAAACCAGGAAAAGCUCAAGGUGACCUACUUCAGCCUGUCUUGUUCUUUAAGAGCAUUGGAUGCUUGGGCUAUUCUGGCUGUAAAAGACAAACUGAAAUGGAUUCUCCUAAAAGAGCUCUGGGCUAGGCUCUAGAGAAGGAUGAUGUUGGCCUCUGUCUUUACCUGGUGUCUCGCCCUAGUACUGUAAUGGCAAAAAAGUACUCGCCAAAUGUUAGGCUUGGCUUGGCCUACUACUAAACUACAAAGAGCAAAUGUGGCUUUGACCGUGUCAUGAACCGCAGUUAUCUAUUUAUGUGGUGGUUAUUGUGUAGAUUUAUCAGCCAGAUCAAUAACUAGUAGCUGUAUGGCAGAAGUGUAAUAAUAGGAAGAUCUGUUGCUAUCUAACAUGAUCCAACCAUUGAAGUGAAAGCAAAGGAGAUCAAUUUUAUGUAUAAAUUGGGUUUUAUUUCUGCUAAACCAUGUACAUAACCUGUUCGUUUUGCCUCAUGAUAAGAAUAUUUGGCAGAAUUUUGCUAUUAACUAUUAGUGUUCCUUAAUCUGUAAACGUGUUUUAGUGAUUUAUUUGCCACUCAUAAGCAAGCAGUUAAAGUCUAAGUGGAAAGUUACCUAGCUGCAUCUAAAACUGAUACAGAAAUUCAGCUUGUUUCAUGUUGACAGUGGAUUUUAAUUCAAUGCAAUUGUGAAGACAGAAGCCUGUUUGCUAAUAAGAGCUGUUUCUGAAGGAGAUGUUUUGAAAGAGCAGAUUUCAGAGUUGUAAGUAUGUAUUUGUGUGUUUUACCCCUGCUAACCUUGUAAUACCAGUGCAGCUAAAUUGAGUGACUGCUUCUUAUCGCAUCUGUUUGUCAUCAGUGGACUCAUUUACUGAGCUUUGGUGGGUUGCACUUGCUUGACCUCGCUGGAUCACCUUGCUUCCUUUUCUGAGCAUUCUCCUAAUCUUAAGUGUUUUGCAGCCUACACCAGUGCUGCACUUUGCGCCUUCAGUUUAAGGAUUUUCAUGACAAUGAAACAUAAUGACAAAAGCAGCUGAAAAGUUAAUUAAUGAAAUCUGGAAGGCAGCUCUGGAAACUGAAGAUUGCGAGAAUCCGAUUUCUGGUUUUGUAGCUCACUUAUUCUGCAUAUCUCAAAUGUGUCUCAUUAUCUUGAGUGAGAUGAUGUUGUGUUCCCUCAAACUUCAGAAGCUUCACUGACAAAAAUGAUAUCAUGUUUGGUGGUGUCAUCUUUAUGCAGUCACUUUUGAAGCCUGCAGUUACCCUUACCAGAAUAUCUUACCUUGAUAAGCUUUUUUUUUCAUCUGAGGAAAUCUGGGGAUUCCCUAUACUUAUGAAGAAACCUGUGUAGCAGUGAAGUUACUAAAAUACCACGUGUUCAGUGCAGCAGGUUUGAAUAUUUUUUGAAUCAUAAACUCAGAAUUUUGCAGUGGAGGUGCAUCCUUCCAUGCCAUGAAUGCAUCCUGCCUACGGGCAUUUUUAUCUCACUUUUGUUGACCCUCUGAGUAGGAGUAUAAGGAUGACCAGGAAUCAGUGUAUUGCAGGCUGGAAAAACAUUGGUAUGUGAUAACACUGGCGUCUCUCUUGAACUUUGUCAUGUGUAAACCCCUUUUGUUUUCUAAAGAAGUCUGAACAGGUCCAAUGCUUUGAUGACUGAUGACUAAUUCUGUUUUAGCAGUUGUAAUGCGUUUUUAAAAUAAAUUA